AUGAUAAACACUGAAGAAAGCUCUAAGAAUAAUUCUGAUGUAGAUGAAGAUGAUGAUGAACGUAUGGAAAUAAGGCAAGAACUAUCAACCUUGUCAUUUGAGGAUCUCCAGAAACUGAAAGAAAAAGUUGGUGCAAAGAUGUACAAAGAAGUUAUAUUUGGUAAGAAAGAAAAUGUCCGUAAUGAAAAAAAGGUUUUUAAAAGAGAAAAUAAAAAUAGACCAAGAGAAAUGAGUUCUAAAAAACCUGUAUCUAUGUUACAAGACAUUGUUCCUGUAAAAAAAACAGAAAUUCGUGACCCCAGGUUUGACCCUCUAUGUGGUACUUUUGAUAAGAAAGAAUUUUCUGAAAACUAUAACUUCCUCUCUGGUAUUAGAAUCAAUGAUAUUAAAGCAAUAAGGGCAGAAUUGAAAGAAACCACUGACCCUGAAAAAGAAACAAAGCUUCGGAGACUUUUGCAAAGAUUAAAUGAUCAACAUAAACAAAGCAAAAAAAAGAAAUUAGAUAGAGAAAAACAAAACAAAAUGAAAUUUGAAGUUGAGGCAGAAUUUAAGCAAGGAAAGCAACCACAUUUUAAGAACAAAUCUGAAUCACGUGUAGAAUCACUUGUCAAACAAUAUGAGGAGUUAAGGAAAGAAGGUACUGGUCGCGUUCAAAGACAUCUUAAACGCAGGCAGCAAAAGAUCAAGAAGAAAUCCUUUAAAACCCCUUUAAAUGUUAAA